CACCUCGCCCAGUACGCGGCGUGCCGCCGAGCCGUCUAGACACGACGAGACUAGCGUGUACACGUCGCGGACACGGCCAUGGACAGGUACAGGGGACGCGUUGCCGUGGUGACGGGGGCCAGCCAGGGAGUGGGCGCCGCCGUGGCGCGACAGCUGCUGCGGCAGGGCCUCACCGUCGUGGGCCUCGCUAGGAGGCCGGACAAGGUCAAGGCGCUGGAACUGAAAGAGGCCCCAGGCAAACUGCACGCCAUUCAGACAGACAUCAGCAGCGAAGACAGCAUUGUGUCUGCUUUCAAAUGGAUCAAGGACAACCUGGGCGGAGUCGACGUGCUGGUCAACAACGCAGCCGUCUUCCCUGCGGCUCCCGUAGCAUCUGGCAAGACGGAAGACUGGAAGAGCAUCCUGGACGUGAACGUGCUGGGUCUGAGCAUCUGCACCAGGGAGGCCGUGCAGGACAUGCUGAGGAGAGGUGUCGACGACGGGUUCAUCAUCCACAUCAACAGUGACUUGGGACACUUGCCGCCAUUCGGCACUGACCGAGCCAUGUACGGAGCCAGCAAGCACGCAGUCAGAGUGCUCCUGGAAGGGCUGAGGAAGGACCUGGUCGCCAGGGGCAGCAAGAUACGAGUUGGGGAGAUUUCUCCCGGCGCAAUACGAACUGAAGGGCUGAUGGAUGUGAUGCAGGAGUUCCCGGAAAUUGCCAAAACAAUACCCUGUAUGGAGCCGGAGGACAUCGCAGAAGCGGUCGUCUACAUGCUGUCACAGCACCCACGCGUUCAGGUGUAUGACAUCAUCAUGUACCCAACGGGCAGGCCGGUCUAAAACCAAAUGCAGCAGCCUAUUGUACUGAAGGGUGUCUCAUCCAGCCAAAUUUGGUUAUUACAAUUUAAACAUCAAUGUUUCCAUUUCGACCAUUUUUCCGUAAUUACUAAAAAUAAAUGUUUCCUGGACAAACGCUGUAGUGUUACGUACUAUGCAAGAUGGUACACAUGAAUUUGCAACAAAUAA